AUGUCGAUAUUACAGCCCAACGUGGAGCGCAUGCUGGAGCCGAUGCAACAACAACAACAACAACGACAACAACAACGACAACAACAACAACAACAACAACAACAACAACAACAACAACAACAACAACAACAACAGCAGCAGCAGCAGCAACAGCAACAACAGCACCGCCACAACAACAGACAACCACAGACAACCACCCAUACUUCCAUACCUGCAGGAGUCGACGGAAGCGACGCGCGCCCCAACAACGACGCCGACAAUCACACCAGCAGCGGACUGCCAGCACCAGCACCCGAUACCCACGUGCAUGUGAUGGUCAAGCGCUCCUUCUUGCAGCCCGUGUCGGCCACAUGCUAUGAUGCGUCGUGCAGCCGCCCUCGCCAACAGCCGCAGCUCACGCAGCAUCAACCCAUCGCCGCUGGGCGAACCGUCACCACCCUCUGGCCGCGGCCGCUGUCGUCAUUCUACCAGCUGCCACCGGACAUGAUGGAGGCGAAGCGGUUUGGUGGGUAUCUUGAUAUCUUGAUGUGUCGAUUCGAACAUCGCACCAUUGCUGCCGCUGCUGGCGAUGCUGGCGACACCAACGACGGCAACAACAACGACAACAACAUCAACAGCGGCAAUGACGACGGCAACAGCGAUAACGAUGGCUGGAACCAACACCCACUCGAGCGCAGCCCGAUGAUUGGUGCGCAUGCGAGCGCGGGUGCUGUGGAGACGAUCAUGGUGAUGAUCAACUCUAUCAUGGGCCGCGACAGCAGGCGCUCUUUGCUCCACAUCAUCGUGAAGAAGCGGCCCAUCGGGUGGCUGCUGUCGCUAUUCCCUUUUCCAACAGCAGAAUCUUGCAUACACAGCUGCACUCAUCCAGGAUCGAGCGGGACCGACCGCGGUGCCGCCACCACACAUACAGCGGUGCUCAGCACUCAGGAACAGAUUAGGAUAUCCUGGACCAGCUGCACCGAGAGCAUGCACAGCGCCUGA